AUGUCUUCGAAGUUUAUCAAGCCCAUUCUGACUCGUCUAGGACUGGGAGCCUGUCUCAAGCCUCGCAAGCAGUCAUCACUCAAGCCGGCCACCUACGAGCAGAAAUCCAAAUUUGGUGACGAGAAGCCAGCCUACGACACCUUUGAGGCAGCCGACAGAUUCGUCACGACUCUAAUCAGGGCAAAUUAUCGCGAUAGCAAAGAUCUAAACCUCCGCGCAGAGCUGAAGAACGCAGUCAGUGCCAAUAGCUGGUCAGAGAAUCUUGCAAAGACCAUUCUCGAAAGACUGGAACUUGCUAUACGAAGCGGAGCCGCAAUCGGUGGUACAGUGAGCGAGGCACUCCUCAAAGCCACUGAGGCGGCUACUGGUUUUGCGAAGAACCAUCCUGUCUAUACGACAAUCAUUGUUCUUGGUGUUCUUUAUCUGGCUGCACCGUGGGUGCUGCAAGCUCUUGGGUUUGCAGAGAUUGGCAUCGUCGAAGGAUCUUGGGCUGCACUCUGGCAAGCACGAUAUGCAGGCUAUGUGCCAAAAGGCUCCCUCUUCGCCUACCUACAGAGACUCGGCAUGGUUCUCAAGUGGAAGUUGUAG